AACAUUCAACUAAAAUGACUAACAUCUUCCUGGCCUAUAUAAUCAAACCUUUGGUCAAUCAUAAGUCACAACUCAAAAGCUUUUCUACUGUUCAUACUUCCAAGAUAAUAAACUCUUUUCUCGAGUUUCCAAUGGGUGAUGCUGCUAAGUACGAUGGCUCUAGCCAAAGCAAACCACAGCGCAAGCAGAAAAGAGCUUAUAUAUUAAGGAAAUGGACACAGAUCGAUGUAGUGAGGGCUUCGGCUGUUGGAGCCGUGCAUCUGUUGUGUCUAGUUGCUCCAUUUAACUUCAAAUGGGAGGCAUUCUGGUUUGGUGCUGUUCUCAACCUUGUGACUAACCUUAGCAUUACACUCUCGUACCACAGGAAUUUGACUCACCGUAGCUUUAAGUUACCUAAAUGGCUUGAAUAUUCAUUCGCCUAUUCUGCUCUUUUCGCGAUUCAGGGACAUCCAAUAGAUUGGGUGAGCACACAUAGAUUCCAUCACCAGUUCACAGAUUCGGACCGCGAUCCACAUAGCCCUAUGGAAGGAUUCUGGUUCAGCCAUGUCUUGUGGAUAUUUGACUCUGAUUAUAUCAGAGAAAAGUGCGGAGGACGUAAUAACGUGAUGGACUUGAAGCAACAAUGGUUCUAUAGGUUUCUAAGAAGUACAAUUCUUCUCCACAUCAUAGCAUUUUGGACCCUCAUCUACUUAUGGGGUGGUCUACCUUACUUAACUUGGGGCGUGGGUGUUGGAGGAGUAAUCGCUUACCAUGCGACUUGGCUCGUAAACUCGGCAUGCCAUACUUGGGGUUCGCAAGCGUGGAACACCAAGGACACCUCUCGUAACGUUUGGUGGCUAGGGCUAUUGACUAUGGGAGAGAGCUGGCACAACAACCACCAUGCCUUUGAGGCGUCGGCUAGGCACGGACUAGAAUGGUAUCAGGUAGACAUAACUUGGUACGUCAUUCGGCUCCUCCAGGCUCUCGGUUUAGCCACUAAUGUCAAAUUGCCUACCGAUGCUCAGAAACGCAAGAUGGCUUUCUCUCAUUAAUGUCAGCUCUAAUUCUAUCUAUUUC